ACAACAUGGCGGAAGAGAACUUGCAGGUCUUCCACUAUGCCAACGACGAGUUCAAAAAACAGAAUUAUCCGCAAGCGGAAGCGCUUUAUUCUGACUUUAUCUCCUGCUGCAGAGAGUCUAGGAAUUGUGACGCAGCUGAUUUAGCGACUGCCUACAACAACCGUGGACAAAUAAAGUACCUGCGGGUGGACUUCAGAGAAGCAGUUGAAGACUACACGAGCGCCAUUGAGACGGACAGUCGACUGGAGGUUCCCUACUACAACAGAGGACUGAUUCGCUACCGGCUCGGCUUCUUCGAAGAAGCAAAGAGCGACUUCCAACAGGCUCUGAGGAUCAACCCUGACUUCGAGGACGCCAACAUUAGUCUGCAGCAGACCCUCUUGGAUCAGCAGCACAAGAUCGACAGAGGAUACUGAACUUACAAAUCCAGUGAUUCAUUUUCAAAUGUGGGGACUCGCUGACUGAUCAUGUCCUCAGAAUGUGAAUGAUGUGAUCUGUGUGUCAAUUCAGCCCAACACUGUUGUACAUAACAAGAUUAUGAACAUAUGUUACACUGGUUAAUUGUUUAUUAAAUUGUAGUAUGAUAAAGGGUGUCUCUCUCUCUCUCACUACUUUUAUGAAAAACAACAAGCACUACAACGUGCGAUGUGAUGC